GAGAACUCCAGAAAUUUUUAGUAAUUAGGUGCAACCUUUUUGUCAAGUUUAGAAAUGACAAUUAUCAAGGGGAAAGCAAUGGAACAGAAGAAUGGUGAUUCAUCAGCCACUUGAUUUAACUAUUGAUUACGAUAUUUUUCCUUUCAAAAAUCAGGCAAAUAUGCUGUGUUGUUGUUGUACCAUAUAUUUAAGAAAUUAAUUGUUAAAGGUAGUUAAUAUUAUUCCUUCAUCCAAUCACCAUUUUCUUGCAUGGGAUUCACUUUUUCUUUAAGGUAGGGUAUUCUUAGUCAAAAUGACCCUAAUCAGUUUGUUGAAAUUCCAUCAAAUGGUUUCUUAUAUUUGGAACCUUUCUAGCAUAUAACAAUGAGGUUGGUUGAUCGAUCCGACCAAUGAUUCCAAAGUCGGCUUUCUCUGUUUGGCUUUUGCAUUUUUAACAUCUUGUCUUUGCAACAUUAACUAUGUCAUCUUGAUGAUUUCUCCAACCCAAAUUCUCUCCCUGUCAGCAACAUGCCGACCAAAAUGGCAACAUGCUGUAAAGCGGUGUUGGUAACCGUUUACGUGGAGAAGCCCCGGAUGAGGGCGUUCUCAAAACAAAGCCACCAUCAUCGCCACCAUUAUCUUCAUCACACCAUCCAAAAAGAGAUAAUUCAACAUAAGCAUGGAGGUGCAGCUGGUAAAGGUUACAACAGAAAAGCUGAGCUUCUUCACUACUCUCAGCGCCUACGGGAGUCUGCUCGAUCAGCGUCGUCCACACCAUUUCAGUCAAACCCAGUUUCUUCCAAUGAUCAGCAGCCUUCAAACCAAAUUAUCUCCGUCCAAAGAAAGCCAAAAUAUUCCAAGACUCCUACUUGUUUUGACAAUUGGGGAAUUCUGAUCCCAAGUUUUCUUAGAUGUUUGACCAACCACCAAGCCAAGAAACCUGGAAAGAAAAUGAAGAAUGGUGGAUCCACAUCAAGCAAUAAUAAGAAGAUGAAAGCUGUAAUGAAAGGCCUACAGAUGCAAAAGAAUUGGAGAUUAAUCUUUUCAAAACCGACCUCGAUGUUACGCAAGCAUCGGUAAAAUUUCCAAAUACUAAUCAAGAUGCAUUCUUUUCCCUGUGUUGCUUGGAGUAAUGGUGAUUUCUCUUUAUUGAACAUGAAUGUGAUGAUGAUUGUCUACUGAACAAGUUCUUAACUACAUAAUGGGUAUAUA